GAUUCCUUAACGAAUUCCUUAACGAAUUCCUUAACGAAUGACAAUAAAGAUGAGAUAAAAGACGAGAGAGUUAUCGGCGGCAGAGAUGCCAUACUCGGUGAGUGUCCCUAUCAGGUGGCACUCCUGGCCAACGACAAGUUCAUGUGCGGCGGAGUUCUCAUUCAGGCCAAUGUUGUCAUGACUGCCGCUCAUUGUGUUUAUGGCGCCGGUAACAGUGACUUUAAGAUACGAUACAAUACAUUAGCCUAUAGUUCCGGGGCUACUAUUGGUGUGCGGAAAGCUAUAGCUCAUCCUAAUUAUAACCCGAGAACUAUCCAAAGCGACAUCGCAGUCCUAAUACUAGAUUCACCAGUUAUUGGUGGUGUGAACGCUAAGAUGUUAGAUAUAUCGCACGCAUAUGAUCCACGUCCUAAUUCAAUAGUGACAGUGUCGGGAUGGGGUCGCAUAUCUAUCGCCAGUAAUUCAGUGUCCGAUUCGUUAAAAGUGGCGAAUCUGACAGUUAUUGGUCGGCGUGUGUGCUCUAAUAUGUGGGCCCCACUCACCAUCACUAAUAACAUGAUCUGUGCUUUAGAUAGAGUUAGAAGUGCUUGUAAUGGUGACUCUGGAGGACCUCUCGUUCAAAAUGGUGUUAUUGUGGGAAUCGUAUCGUUUGGUUCUUCGCGUUGUCUUAACGACAAUUCUCCCAAUGUCUACACCAGAGUCAGCGCUUUCGUCAAUUGGAUCAGAUCUACCAUUAAUCGAUACGGAUAUCCAUAA